GUAUGGAAGGGCAACUGUGCUAUUCCACCUGCCAGUACUGCACUUCUUUGCACUGCAGUCGACAUGAUGUGACUCUCACGCGGUAGGUAGAUGUCUGUGAGUCCAAAAUACCCCGGGACGCCCGCUAUAUUGGCCUUACUGGCUCAUCACCACCACCUUGUUGCUUCACACAGCGACCGGUGCGGUAUGGCGAUGGCGCUAGUCACACCGCGCAAGCCUGCGCAGGCAGCGCGGUGUAGGUAUUUGCACGUCGUGCAGUUCAUACCACAACACCUCGUCAGUCAAGCUGUCGCGCGAGAGAGCGGCGUCCUCAGGCCGCUUAGUCGUCAAGAUGGAUUGUCUAGCAUACGAGAUCGCGCUCAAGAUCGUCGACGAAAUCCGUGACGACCGCACAGCGUUGGUCAACCUCGCGAAAACAUGCAAGCACUUCUACGCCAUGACUGAAGCGCAUCGCUUUCGAAAAGUCCACCUUCGCACCAAGUCGGAUUACUUGCUGCUCUUCCGUCAUCUCCAAAGCAAAGACUCUCUACGCAAUAUGGUCGAGACACUUGUGAUUGGCCCAGAGCUAGAGAUGCCCACACCAGAUUUCUGGCUACUAAGACGGACCAUCAGGAGAUUCCCCAGACUGAAGGACCUGUUGUUCCGCUACCCAGAAGAGAUGGAUGCAGACCAUUUUGAAAGACUAGAAUCUUACUAUGCGACAAGCCGCCAGGCCCAGAGCAUGACCACGAAUACAUUGCGUUCUUGCACAUUGGUCCUCUUCGACGAGAUAGACCCACACCGACCUAGCAGAAAGAUCUAUCAGCUCGUCCGCCUCUAUGACCUUCCAAGGCUCGAAGAAUUGAACACUGUUGGAGCAAGGCUGUCUGAGCUUACUAUCCAUCUCUGGAAGCCAGCCAGGUCUAGCCCGUUGAAGAUCUUACGCCUUGAAGACUGCCACAGCGACUUCAUUCACCUCGUUUACCUACGCCCUCUCCUUAGCAUCCCAAAAGCACUCCGGACGUUCUCAUUCUCCAUAGAUGCCAACAGCUUCUAUCAUGAUCAUCCUCUACCUUACGUCUAUGAAGACGUUGCAGAGCCAUUCUACGACGAUGUUGGAGAGCCAUUUUACAUGCAGAAUCUCCUUAGGGUGCUGGGUGACUACCACGGGAAGUCACUGACUCGCUUAGAGCUGAAAUUCAACUACACCAGAAUCCUCGGCAGCACCUGCACGGAAGAUACUCCGAGGGAUUUGUUCAAGCAUUUGCUGGCGAAAUUCGUCGAACUCAAACACUUUGAGCUCGGCAUGCGCAUAUGGGAAUGGAGUGAUUAUCGACCGAUUGAGCUUCAUGGUAUGGAACUGGAAUCCGGCGGACAUCGAACUCAAAUACACCUCUUCUUGUCGACUCUUCCACAUACUCUCGAAUCCUUCAAGCUUCGCCUCAUCGAUGGCCCAGGUUGCCCAGUCACCGGCAUGCAAUACCUCUGCGAGAAGAUCAUUGAAUGGAAGGCAGAACAGGUCGAUCUCAAGCUCUUCGAGCUCGAAUACGUCGAGAACAGAGAUCCCACAACCACGGCCUGCAUCAUGCAGCGUGCGCAGAUUGAGGAGACCGGAAAGGCUUUGAAGAAAGCAGGAAUUCAGUUUCGUGUCUAUGAGACUGUGGUGGAGAAGGCAGAGGCGAGAGGCAUGGUCCAUGGCCAGCAUUUGCCGACGUUUGUGCGGGUGUACGACAGCUAUGGCAAUGGCGCAUUCGUGGGUCAGGGAACCAAGAUGGAGUUAAUGGACGACUGGUACCGCAACUGCGGUGAGAGACUGUAUUGAGAUGACGGCGACCUCGAUAGAAUUUGCGAGGGUACUGCGUUGCAGGUGGCGCGCCUGACAUAGGUAGUGAAUGAGACAACCUCGAUAAGCAG